CCGCGGAGAGCGCGCGGAGCGCGGGCGCCGCCAGUUAAAGUGCAACGGGGCAGGGGCCGGGCUGCCGCCGCCGCCCCCGCCCGUUCCGCCGGUUCCUUGCUACUCCCGCUCUGUCUGUCCUGCAGCCGACUGUCCCGGCACGCGGCCCCAGCUGCCGAGGACAAUUGAAAAUAGUGAGUAGGCUGACACUGGCCGCAGACUACUCCAAAUCCUGUCACAUCGGGGGUAAGGUCCCCAGGGCAGGACCAUGCCAGCCAGGCCUGCCCCACACAGCCCUAGGCCAACAACUCGGAGAAGUAAAUCAUCACAUGUCCUCUCCGUGAAUGUGAGACGACUUGGGCUGGAAGUAUGUGGUGCAUCCUGCGAGGCUGGAGUCGAAGGCACGUGAGCCCAUGGGGAGUCCUGGGGCAGGAGUGGCCCCCCGGCAUGCGUGCUCUGGCCAGCGCGGCCUCCAGGAGUGGGGACGAGUACACUCAUGUGGUGGUGGGUGCAGGCUCCGCGGGCUGUGUGCUGGCCAGACGGCUCACGGAGGACACUGAUACACGUGUGCUGCUGCUGGAGGCCGGGCCGAAGGACACGUAUGCAGGGAGCAAGAGGCUCCUGUGGAAGAUCCACAUGCCCGCGGCCCUUGUAGCCAACCUGUGCGACGACAGGUACAACUGGUACUACCACACGGAGCCGCAGGCAGGCCUGGACGGCCGUGUGCUGUACUGGCCGCGUGGCCGGGUGUGGGGAGGUUCCUCGUCCCUCAAUGCCAUGGUCUACAUCCGCGGGCACGCCGAGGACUACAACCGCUGGCAGCGAGAAGGCGCCACAGGCUGGGAUUACGAGCACUGCCUGCCCUACUUCCGCAAGGCGCAGCGCCACGAGCUGGGCGCCAGCAGGUACCGAGGCGGCGAAGGCCCGCUGCAUGUGUCGCGGGGCAAGACCAACCACCCGCUGCACCAGGCCUUCCUGGAGGCAGCACAGCAGGCCGGCUAUCCCCUCACCGAGGACAUGAACGGCUACCAGCAAGAAGGCUUCGGCCUGAUGGACAUGACCAUCCACGAAGGCAAGCGCUGGAGCACGGCCUGUGCAUACCUGCACCCAGCACUGAACCGCUCCAACCUCAGGGCCGAGGCCCGGACAUUCGUGAGCAGGGUGCUGUUUGAAGGCACCCGUGCAGUGGGCGUGGAGUACGUCAAGAAUGGCCAGAGCCACAGGGCUUAUGCCAGCAAGGAGGUGAUUCUGAGUGGAGGUGCCAUCAACUCUCCGCAGCUGCUCAUGCUGUCAGGUGUCGGCAAUGCAGAUGACCUCAAAAAGUUAGGCAUCCCGCUGGUGUGCCACCUCCCAGGAGUUGGCCAGAACCUGCAAGACCACCUAGAGAUAUACAUUCAACAGGCGUGCACCCGCCCCAUCACCCUCCAUUCAGCACAGAAGCCCUUGAGGAAGGUCCUGAUUGGUCUGGAGUGGCUCUGGAAGUUUACAGGGGAUGGAGCCACAGCCCAUCUGGAAACAGGUGGCUUCAUCCGGAGCCAGCCUGGGGUCCCCCACCCAGACAUCCAGUUCCACUUCCUGCCCUCCCAAGUGAUCGACCACGGCCGGGUCCCCACCCAGCAGGAGGCUUACCAGGUGCAUGUGGGGACCAUGCGGGGCACGAGUGUGGGCUGGCUCAAACUGAGGAGUGCCAACCCCCGGGACCACCCUGUGAUCCAACCGAACUACUUGUCAACAGAAACCGAUAUCGAUGACUUCCGUCGGUGUGUGAAGCUGACCAGAGAAAUUUUUGCACAGGAAGCCCUGGCUCCUUUCCGGGGGAAGGAGCUCCAGCCAGGAAGCCACGUCCAGUCAGACAGAGAGAUAGAGGCCUUUGUGCGGGCGAAAGCGGACAGUGCCUACCACCCCUCGUGCACCUGUAAGAUGGGCCAGCCCUCUGAUCCCACUGCCGUGGUGGAUCCGCAGACCAGGGUGAUUGGGGUGGAAAACCUCAGGGUGGUCGACGCCUCCAUCAUGCCCAGUGUGGUCAGCGGCAAUCUGAAUGCCCCCACAAUCAUGAUGGCAGAGAAAGCAGCCGACAUCAUUAAGGGGCAGCCCCCACUCUGGGACAAGGAUGUCCCUGUGUACAAGCCCAGGACCCUGGCCACCCAGCGUUGAGGCAGUCGCUGCCUGAGAAGCCCCUGGACGAGCCAAGAGGGCCAGCACAGCCCUUUUCUGAAACUGUCUAGACUGUUAGGAUUCAAUGGCAAAGAAGUGGAUAAUUUACGAAAUGAGACCAGUACUGGUCAGUGAAGCAGGCUCCCUGUUCCCAGCGUUUUCCUGUGGGCCCACUGGGGAAGGUCAGAUUUCCGGCUGGGCCCCUCCUCUCCGCCUCGUGCAGAUGGGUAACUAUCAUCCUUGUCUUGUAUUCCAUGCUGCUCUCCAACCCAGGGUCCCGCUGCCUCCCUCCAUCCUGGCUGGACUUGAGAAAAGUGGUUCUCUCCCAGGCCUCCCUCUGAAGACAUGCCCCUCAAAGAGGGUGCUGUGCAGAGACUGGGUGUCAAUCAGACCUCCACUGCCUUGUCCAAGGGGGCACUCUCCACCUCAAGCUGUAACUGAGGCCAGGAGUCACUCGAUAGGGAGCAAGGGAGCUCACCCGGAGUGCAUGCAUAAGCCUCCAGCAUCCCUGGUCAGCCAGGAGAACUGCCUGCUGGAGGAAGCGCAGGCUUCCCCUUUUUCUUUUUCUUCUGCUUCCCGAUUUCACUCUUGGAGUGAGGCAGGAACCACUGUUCAGUUGGGUCACUGAGGGUCUUGCAGCCCACCUGUCUAAUGCUCUAGUUCUUACUAAACACAGCCCGACAAGAGGAUUUGUAGACCUUGUUCAGGGAGACAAGAGUCCGGAGAGACUCUUCACUAGCAGAGGUUUCACAAUUAAACAUUUUAAAAGGUUGUCCUAUUACUGGGAAACCUAGAACCCAGAGCAAACCCCACAUACCAGACCACUGCUCCAUGUCAAAGCAGCGAGCCCCAGAGGAUGCUUUCCCCUCAGCCUGGGAAAAUGACUCAGCACUGGACAAAGCCAGCUAAUUCUUAUUCUCCAGAUGUCCAUGGGAACAGACCAGAAUGGAGCCGAGACUGACGGAAAAAGUAGUCAAGUAAAUCUAUGCUCCCUGAUCCUGUAAAAAUGCAAUUGAGAGAAAAAUAAAUUGUCAAAGAUUUGAGUUUGGGAGAAAAAAGACAGACACAAGUAGCAUUUAAAACAGUUCUUUGAUCUUUAAACUUCUUACAAUUCAAAAAUGUAACCCAGUAAUUUAUUUUUUACUGAGAUGCUUAUUCAGACGGUUCUUACAAGGUAAAGAAAACUAAAUGCAUUCUGGAUUGAUUUUUCUGAAGCUAUUCAAAGCCACCGUCGGUGGCAUGGCAGAAAAGAAUUGCUAUAUGGAAACCUGCCAUGCUGGGCCCAGAAUACAGAAGGGAGAGAAAUGGGGCAUUCCAAGCUCCUCCCAGGACCAGACUGGACUGAGGGGGCUUGGAAUCCUGGCAGCCACAACUUGCGUUUCUGAGAAAGACCUUCCAGAAAGGUGGAAAGAAGAGAACCAUCAUACCUCUUCUUUAAAAAUUUUAAGCAGCUCCUGUUUAAAUCUUACCUGUAUCCUGCUUUACUUUGUUCCAAGGGAGGCUCGAGAAAGAAAAUUCUAAAUCUGCCCAAAGAUUUCUUUCUCCUAUGGUAGAGAGGUUUGCCACCUGCCCCACAGCCUUGGUCCAUAGCCGUCAUCCUGUGGGUCUUGGAGCCACCUGCAGGGGCGAAGGAACAGCACAGGAGUGCAAGUACCAGCCAUCGCUCUGAGGGCCAACGAGUGACAACUUAGGUGUGGAGGGGGAUCUCAGGCGACUGUGACUGUACCGACCUUCUUGGUAUGGAUAUGGCAGGUGACACAGCCAUUUAGUCCUGCCAUCUCUGCAUUCUGUGGUGUCGUCGGCCUCCGAGACAAUGGCUGAUUUGCUACUGGGGCUGUACUGUAAGUUAAGGAAAAUAACGUGUCCCUGUACAGCUUCAUUAUAUCCGGGUGCCUUUCUCACUCUUGCUUAUGCGUCUUUGUUUCUGUGAUCACACGCAGAAAUAAGUUUCAAAGGGGAUGACCAUGAGGGUCCUAUACCCAGGACUCACAGAAGUCCAAGUGGAAAACUGUGCUGUUGGGGUUCAGACACAGGCCAGAAUACUCUGCCUUGAGGGGGUUCCUCACUCGAGCCCGCCAGCUGGAGUGUUGUCACUGUCUGGGCAGAGUGCAGCAGUGGCCCAUGUCACAACAAUGGGACUGUGUGAACAUUCCACUGCCAUG